AAUCAACUAAUGCAACACAACAUAACACAACUCCAACCUAAACUAGCUUUCUACUCUUUCAAGCAUCAUGGCUUAUGCUAAGCUCUCUCUUUUGCCUCUCUUCUUGCUUGCCACAUUACUGUUGAUGUUUUCGAUGAAGAAGGUAGAAGCAUAUACUUGUGUUGGAUGGCCUUGUUCGCGAGAGGAGCCAAGCUGUGGUGGUGGUUGUCAUUGCUUAUUCGCUAAGGUUGGGCCAGGUUCUUGUGCAAGAGACAAACAUGUUGCUAAGAUGGUGAAAGAGCAUCCUGAUUUAUGUGAGUCUCAUGCAGACUGCACAAGAAAGGCAAGUGGGAGCUUCUGUGCUUAUUAUCCAAAUUCGAGUCUUAAAUAUGGUUGGUGCUUUGACUCUAACUCUGAAGCUGAAGCCUCAUUCAAGAAUGCUCUUAGCUCUGAAUUCUCAAACUUGGUGAAAAUGCCUUUAGAUGCUUCCACUUAAUAUGGACAACAAAAACAAUGCAUGCAUGCAUGAUCUAUCUCUACUUAAAUAAAAUUGCUAUGUAUGUCUUUAUUUCCAACUAAGUUUGGAUUUAUUAGACACUUGAAUUUCAAAAAUAAUGCAUGCAUGUGUGUUGGUAUGUACGUUAUUAUCUGUGUUUUUAUUUUGUAAGUUAUGGAAUCUAAUGACUCUAUGUAUGCUUUUGUUAAAUGCUUUAACGAGUAAUGGAGUAUGAUUUGUAUAUCUUGUUUAUCCAUGAAUGUU